GCUAGACACAGUGAGAGACUCGGCGGGGCUGCUCACUGCUGCACAUUCAAAAUAGAGCCAGAGAGGGAGGGUAGAGAGAGAGAGAGAGAGAGCAAGAGAGAGAGAGAGAGGGAGAAGGAGAGUCAGGGACAGGCAGUGCUGAAAAGGAGAGCACAAAGAGAAGGAAAGUGGAGCAGGGGAGGGGAACAGGAGGCUGGGUUGAAGGGAGAGGGAGAGACAAAAGAAGGAGAGAGGGGAGACGUAGCAGAGGGUGAACGGAGGGGACUCGAGCAAAUGGCUACGGAGGAGACGGCGGGGGGAGCCAGGAAAGCCACCAAGAGCAAAUUGUUUGAGUUCCUGGUCCAUGGAGUGCGCCCUGGUAUGCCGUCUGGAGCGAGGAUGCCCCACCAGGGAGCUCCCAUGGGCCCCCCCGGCCCCCCAUAUGGAGGCAGCCCUGCGGUGCGACCUGGCCUGCCCACCCCGGUGAUGGAGCCCAGCCGCAAGAGACCAGCCCCACAGCAGGUCCAGCAGCAGCAGCAGCAGCAACAGCAGCAGCAGCAACAGCAGUCUGUCCAGAACCGGGCCAGAAAGAAGCCUGUCGGAUUCCCAGGAGCCAAUGAGAUGCCGGCGAGGCAGAUGGACAUGAGAGAGCCCCAAUCAGAUCCCACGCUCGGAUCCAAUGCUAAGAGAAGGAAAAUGGCAGACAAGAUUCUUCCGCAAAGGAUCCGUGAGCUAGUCCCUGAGUCUCAGGCCUAUAUGGAUCUGCUGGCGUUUGAGCGCAAACUGGACCAGACCAUCAUGCGCAAACGUGUGGACAUCCAGGAAGCACUGAAGAGACCGAUGAAGCAGCAAAAGCGUAAACUGAGGCUUUACAUAUCCAACACCUUCAACCCUGCCAGACCCGACGCUGAUGACUCAGAUGGCAGCAUUGCAUCAUGGGAACUGCGAGUGGAGGGAAAGCUGCUGGAUGACCCGGGGAAGCAGAAGAAGAAGUUCUCAUCGUUUUUUAAGAGUCUGGUGAUCGAGCUGGACAAAGAUCUCUACGGCCCAGACAACCACCUGGUUGAGUGGCACCGCACGGGCACCACCCAGGAGACAGACGGCUUCCAGGUGAAAAGGCCGGGGGAUGUUAGCGUGCGUUGCACUCUGCUGCUGAUGCUGGACUACCAGCCCCCCCAGUUUAAGCUGGACCCUCGCCUGGCUCGCCUGCUCGGGAUUCACACACAGACUCGGUCUUGCAUCAUCCAAGCCCUCUGGCAGUACGUCAAGACCAACAAGCUGCAGGACUCCCAUGACAAGGAGUACAUAAACUGUGACAAGUACUUCCAACAGAUCUUUGACUGUCCACGGCUGAAGUUUUCUGAGAUCCCUCAACGCCUCACCAACCUUCUUUUACCCCCCGACCCCAUUGUCAUCAACCACGUCAUCAGUGUGGAUCCGAACGACCAGAAGAAGACGGCGUGCUACGACAUCGACGUAGAGGUGGAGGACCCCCUGAAGAGCCAGAUGAGCAGCUUCCUCCUCUCCACCGCCAACCAGCAGGAAAUCGCCUCGCUCGACAACAAGAUCCAUGAGACCAUCGAGUCCAUCAACCAGCUGAAGAUCCAGAGGGACUUCAUGCUCAGUUUCUCCAGAGAUCCCAAAGGCUACAUUCAGGACUGGCUCAAAUCCCAGAGCCGAGACCUUAAGUUAAUGACGGACGUAGUGGGGAACCCUGAAGAGGAGAGGAGGGCCGCGUUUUACCACCAGCCCUGGUCCCAGGAGGCCGUCAGCCGCUAUUUCUACUGCAAGAUCCAGCAGAGGAGGCAAGAGCUGGAACAGGCCUUAGCUGUCCGCAACACCUAAAACCAAGGCCCGCCUGAAACUCUGAGUUUUGGAGCCGAGUGUGUUUUUGGGUGUGAGUGUGUGUGUGUGUGAGGCCAUCACUCUUUUACCUCUGAAGUUGUUGGUUGUUAUAAAAAGAACAUUUGUCUUUCAGAGGUUUUCCAGUGUUUUCACAUUACAAGAGAUUUUCAUUGCGAUAGCAGCCACAUGUACGUACAGAGGCUGGAUCCUGAUGCACAUUCAGGAUGAUGCAUCAUCAUUCACUGCAUGUAUGAAAUGCACUAAGACCACAAGCAUCCUCAGAAACAACAAAACAUUCUCUCCACCACCCCCCCACCCCCCCUCUCUAUCUCUGCUCUGUAAAUACGUCACAGAUUCAUGUCAAGAUGAACUCUGAGCCAGCUGCUCACACACAGCGCUGUGUUUUUGGCAAGAUCUGCCACUGCGUCGGACAGAAGUGUACAUGAUGUAACCCGACGUCAAGGUCCAUCAGCAACGGCGCAGCACUCUGGAGGAGUCUGCAUUUUUUUUAUGCUUUUCAACUCUUUUUGAACUUUUGUUUUGGGGGUCAAGACAAAGUGUGUUUUCAUUUGUUCUCAGAUCGAUUAAUUACACCAGCAAAGCCCAGAUUAAGUGGGACACAUUAAGUUAAAGGGAGAGUUGUGGAUGUUAUUCAUUUGCAGGUUUGAGCCUUCUAUGAGUCUAAUUUAUGUCGUAUUUACUGAAAAUCCUGCAUCAGUAUUAGUUACAUUAACCCGAGUAUUAUCCCAUUCACAGCAUUGUGUCUUUUUGUAGUGUUUGAUGAAGGAUAAACAAGUAUUGAUAAAAAAAAUAUUAACACUGAUUAAAAGCUUUUUCUUCCCCUAAUCAUAGCAAAAUGACAAUAUGCCUAUGAUACAUGUUGGAACUCGUCUGUGUGUACUAUUUUGCCAGCUAAUGUCUUGAAGGUGUUACCAAAGGUUGCAACAAGAAAAAGAGAACAUGAUCACUGAAAUGCAGAUGAAACGGGCAAAACGAUCCUCACUUGGGUUUGACAGGAGGUGCAACGAUAUCCUCGUCUGAAUAAGAAUCAACCUCAAAGAUUUGUAGAUAAUUAGGCCUCAAGUUCUUCAAACGGUUCUUGCAUGCAUCCCUUAAGCCCAGUUGUGACGAGUUUUGUCCGAUUUCUACUCUUUACGUUACAUGAAGAAGACAAAGCAGUUUUCUUUUUCUUUUCUAGAGAUGUGAAUGUAAAUAUGUGUGUUCUUCCCUUCAAGAGGGCCAACUGUACAGUAUACGACAGACCAUCUGUGUGUUUGUUUUGGGGGCUGGGUGGGUGGGCGGGUGGGUGAGUGGGGGGGGUGUGAGUUACAUGGGGCAGUAUGGGAGCUCCAUGAGUUUUGCAUUAGUAGGGCAGGAAUGUUAGCGUUCCUCUGUGUACUAUCUCGGGUCGGGUUGGUUUAUUUUCGGUCCAUCCCGUCACUAUCGUGGGAGCUGGAUGCUGCAACGAAGACUUUCAACCUCAGUAGCUGUAUCAUGAGAUAAUCUGCAUCCAUCUUCUUUCACACGUUUUUUAAAUGACCUGUAUGUAUAUGUUGUAAUGUCAGAUGGAGGAUUUUUUUUUUAUUUCAGCUGGCAGAUUAUUGUUUUCUUUGCACUGUGCUGUAACUCUUUGUGGGGAUUAUCUUCAUUUGGAUUGGGUGAGACCCUCUUUUAUUAUCCCAGCAUACACAGAAAGUGAUUAGAUGAUUUCACGAUGACCUAUGCAUGCUCCAUGGACAUUAACUGAUACAUCUAACGAGACAGUGUGUGUAAAUACAAAAAGCUGGCAUAUUUGUCUCUGUGAUGAGCAAAAGACUUAUUGAAAUGCCUUCUGGAAACUUUUUUGCCAAAAAUGAUAUGCCCUACCAGCAACUAACUGUAGGUGUGAUUUUUCUGAGCUGUGUUUUUUGUUACUAAGUUAUAUUAACUGCACUCAUUAGAGGAGAAACAGUAGUCAUUGGUAGUAUCUUUAGUCCUGUGUCGGACCUGAAGGGGUCUGUCUUUGUAUGGCCGGGGCAUUCACUUUGUUGUCAUACAGUCACUGAUUCACUAGCACCCUCUUGUGGUGGAAACUAGAAGCUGCAUCUCCUGCGCAACCUCGAGCUGGGAGGACCAGAGAAUCUGGGAAAUGUAAACAGACUACUGCGCCUCCUGUUUCUAAAACCCUGACAUAUACUGUUGACAUGUUUGUCCCACUCCCUGCAUGUGUUUGUGAAGAGUGGGAGCCGCUCUUUCUCUCUGUUUACACUGUCGUCAGAGCGUCACCGACAGGGAGGAGAUGACGGUAUGAGUAAUACUGAACAUCUGUAAAGAGCAAUCUGGUUUGGUGAUCACACUCGACAAGAAAAGAUGAAAAGGGGAAAACAGCUGUGACAUUAUGAGACAGCCUGGAUGUAAAUAAAGAAGCGCUUGCCAAAGUUUGUAAAUGCCA